AUGAAUCAUUUAAAUCAUUCAAUUCCAUUAGUUAAAUCACAUUCAACAACAAGUUAUAAAAAUCAUUUUAAUCCAAUUGCACCAGCUCCAAUAAACUUAGCUCCAAAACCAACUCCAAUAAGUUUAGCACCAAAACCACAACAAGGUAAUAAUGGACAAUUUUCAAAUGAUUCAAGUACAAUAACUUCAUUAAAUAGUAAAAAUGAAUCUUUAAAUAAUUCAAAUCUUGAUACUCAAAGUUUACCUUGUGUUAUAACUUCAAAACAAUGGGUAUUACCACCAAGACCAAAAGCUGGUAGGAAACCAAGUGAAAAACAAAAAAAGAAUCAACAAAAUGCUUCACGAAGUGUUUCACAAAGUGUUACACAAGGUGUUACACAGGGCGCUUCAAGUGUUUCAAGUAUAUCAAUGAAAUCAAGUCAAUCACAAUCAAAUGUUUCUAAAUUAAGUUCUAAUUUAACAGGAUUAAAUCUUUAUAAAUCUAAAUCAGAUUUAUCAAACAUUGAAGCUGAUUCUAAAUCAACAAGUGAUUUAAAUUUACAAAAUCAAUUAGAUAAUGCAACUGAAGAGAAUCAAAAAUUAAAAAAUAUUAUAUCAAGAUUAAAACAAGAAAUUGAAUCAUUACAAACAAAUUCAAAUUCAAAUUUAAAUAAAUCUCAAAUAAAUUCACCAAAUUUAUUAAAUAAUCAACCAAUAUCACAAUUUGAUUCUUUAUCAAAUUUAAAUUCUGAAGUUUCAACUCCUAUAAAUCCAAGUAAUUUUAAUUCAAGAGAAGUUUCUCCAAGUACUAUAGAUCCAACUAAAAUUCAACAAGAACAUUUAGUUAAAAGAACUAAACGUCAAUAUAGAAAGAAGAAACCUACAAAAAAGGAACAAGCUGCCGCCGCUGCUGCCGCCGCUGCUCAAGCUCAAACUCAAACUCAAACUUCUCAAGUUCAACAAAAUAUUGGACAAAAUACUACUGGUAGUAGUAGUACAUUACAUCAACAACCUAUUAAACCAAAACCAAAACAAGAAAUUAAAAUUAAAAAUGAAUUUAGUCCAAUCCCAUUACCUUUUAUUAAAAAAGAAGAAAGUCCAAGUCCAAUUUCACUUAAUUUAGAUUCAGAAAUUUCAUCAAAUUUACCAAAUUUAGAAUCUAUAAUAACUUCAACUUCAAAUCAACAACAACAAGUUCAAGGAACUAUUAAUGAUGAAUUAAGUGAAAUACAUGAAUUACAUCAUAAAAAACCCAAAUUUAUAAAAUUAGAAAGAUCAAUGUCAUUACAACCUGAACAUUUAGAUUCUAAUUUUCAAAAUCAAACAAAUCCAUUUAAAAGUAUUGGAUUAGAUCGUACAAUGAGUAUACCAAUGGAAUGUAAUGGAUUAUCAAGAACAACAACAAAUAAUACAUCAUUAUUUGAUAUUUGUGAAGAAUGUGGGAAUGAAAAUUGUUAUUGUUUAGAAAGUGGACAUAUUGAUAAUUUUAAUAAUAAAGAUAAUAAUGAUAAUAAUAGUAUUAAUAAUAAUAUUAAUAAUAAUAAUGAAUUAAGUAAUAAUGAAUAUAAUGAAUAUAAUAAAAAUAAUGAUAAUGAAUUUGAUGUUAAUUUUUUUAUAAAGAAUGAAUUUGAAGAUGAUCAAUUUUUAAUGAUUUGA